AUGGGUUCCGCUGAGAUUGUAGACUCCCGCAGGCUUUCAAGCGGGAGGUCUAAUUUCUCCCAGAUGUGUACCCUUUUGAGCCAGUAUUUGAAGAAGAAUGGAAGUUUUGGGGACCUUCAGCUUGGCCUCACUCAGUCCCCGGAAAACAAAGUUUCUCCGGUGGAGACUAUGAAUCUGUUUCCGAUGAUCGGGAAAUCGGGUUCCGGAGAUCUGGAAGCGCCGCCGGCUUCGUUCCACCAGGGAGCACCCGCCGCCGCUGCUGCCGGCAGAGAUGAAACCCUGAAGAAACCCAAUUUCAGGAAAAACUCACUGGCCAGGUUCCUGGAGAAGAGAAAGGACAGGAUCACAGCCAAUGCACCCUACCCAGCAAGCAAACCGGAGGCGCCGUCUAAGCUAGCGGCUGCCUCAAGCGAGCCGGGGUUGGCGCCUGAGCUUAUUCAGCGCCACUAG